AUGGAGCUAUCAGACCUGCACUGCCCAGAACCAGGACCAGCAGGCAAACCAGUCCUGGUUGCUGAGACUCAGGGACCCUACACAAAACGAUUGCACAUCCCCCACCCUGGCUACUCUCUCCAGAUCAGCCCCCUGAGGCUGCAGGACUCUGGCCUCUACAGAGCCCAGAUAACUCUGGGUACUCCUCUGAUGAAUGUCACCAAGGAUUUCACCCUGCGUGUCUAUGCCUUCUCAUAG